UUUGGGGAAAGGCUUUACAAACAUCUGUACAUACCUGCUGUUGGACUGCGUGAAUUAUUUUUGACACACAUGCAAGAACCAAGUGGAAAUAAUAUUGUCAGCGUAAACAUGAAUGGCACAAAGGUACACAGGUGGCGGAUUUGUAGGACAAGAUUAUACUGAGAAUACCUUCCCUCUGGGCGAUUGUGGAGAAAUAAUCCUAUUGUUCCACAAGAACAACCAAUAAAGAUGAAACUAGUUCUGUAUUAUCUGAUACUCUUGGGGUCCAGUUAUGUGAUUUCUUCAUAUGGGCCCCAUCAAAGAGCACAGAUGACUGGUGAUAUUUUACUCGGAGGUCUUUUCCCAAUGCACUUUGGUGUCUCAUCCAAAGACCAAGACCUUGCAGCUCGGCCAGAAUCCACACAGUGUACCAGGUUUAAUUUCCGUGGUUUCCGUUGGCUCCAGGCCAUGAUUUUUGCAAUUGAUGAGAUUAACAACAGCAGCACUGUCCUGCCCAACAUCACUCUGGGCUACAGGAUUUUUGACACAUGCAACACUGUGUCAAAGGCACUCGAGGCAACCCUUAGCUUUGUGGCCCAAAACAAGAUUGACUCCCUGAAUUUAGAUGAAUUUUGUAACUGCACUGAUCACAUCCCAUCAACCAUUGCAGUAGUAGGAGCAGCUGGAUCGGCAGUCUCUACAGCGGUUGCAAAUCUACUGGGUCUUUUUUACAUUCCUCAGAUCAGCUAUGCAUCUUCUAGCCGUUUACUGAGCAACAAGAAUCAGUACAAGUCCUUCAUGAGGACCAUUCCUUCAGAUGAGUACCAGGCCACAGCUAUGGCAGAUAUCAUUGAAUACUUUGAAUGGAACUGGGUCAUUGCUGUGGCCUCAGAUGAUGACUAUGGACGCCCAGGGAUUGAAAAGUUUGAGAAGGAAAUGGAAGAGCGAGACAUCUGCAUUCACCUAAAUGAACUUAUCUCACAGUACACUGAAUAUCAUGAAAUCCAAGCUCUAGUUGACAGGAUCGAGAACUCCACAGCUAAAGUAAUUGUUGUGUUUGCCAGCGGACCAGAUAUUGAGCCUUUAAUCAAAGAGAUGGUGAGGAGAAACAUCACCGAUCGCACCUGGUUGGCCAGUGAAGCAUGGGCAAGCUCCUCCCUUGUUGCUAAGCCAGAGUAUCUUGAUGUUGUAGCUGGAACUAUUGGCUUUGCACUUAAGGCAGGGCACAUUCUUGGCUUUAGAGAGUUCUUACAACAGGUCCAACCAAAGAAAAACAGUCAUAAUGAAUUUGUCAGGGAGUUUUGGGAAGAAACCUUCAACUGUUAUCUGGAGGACAGCCCAAGGCUGCAAGAAGGUGGCACUAGUUUCAGGCCUCUGUGCACAGGGGAGGAAGACAUCACAAGUGUUGAGACUCCAUACCUGGACUAUACACACCUGCGUAUCUCCUAUAAUGUGUAUGUUGCAGUGUAUUCCAUUGCACAGGCCCUGCAGGACAUACUCACCUGCACACCUGGACAUGGCCUUUUUGCCAACAAUUCCUGUGCAGAUAUAAAGAAAAUGGAAGCAUGGCAGGUCCUGAAGCAGCUCAGACAUCUGAACUACACUAACAGCAUGGGGAUAAAUAUCAACUUUGAUGAGAAUGCAGACUUGGCAGCAAACUACACGAUCAUAAACUGGCAGAGAUCGGCUGAAGAUGGCUCUGUGUUGUUUGAGGAGGUUGGAUUCUACAAUAUGCAUGCUAAGAGAGGAGCGAAAUUGUUCAUUGACAAAACAAAGAUUCUGUGGAAUGGGUACAGCCCAGAGGUGCCAUUUUCUAACUGCAGUGAGGACUGUGAACCUGGCACGAGAAAGGGGAUCAUCGAUAGCAUGCCCACAUGCUGCUUUGAAUGCACCGAGUGCUCAGAUGGAGAGUACAGUAAUCACAAAGAUGCCAGUGUUUGCACCAAGUGUCCAAAUAAUUCCUGGUCCAAUGGGAAUCACACAUUCUGCUUUCUGAAAGAAAUUGAGUUUCUCUCCUGGACUGAACCUUUUGGAAUAGCUUUGGCCAUAUGUGCAGUACUGGGUGUGGCCUUGACAGGCUUUGUAAUGGCAGUCUUUGUCAGAUUUCGCAACACACCAAUAGUGAAGGCCACAAAUCGAGAACUUUCCUAUGUCCUCCUGUUUUCACUUAUCUGUUGCUUCUCCAGCUCGCUCAUCUUCAUCGGCGAGCCACAGGACUGGACGUGUCGUUUGCGCCAACCUGCCUUUGGGAUAAGUUUUGUUCUCUGUAUCUCUUGCAUCCUUGUGAAAACUAACAGAGUACUUUUGGUAUUUGAAGCCAAGAUCCCUACAAGUCUUCAUCGUAAAUGGUGGGGGUUAAACCUGCAGUUUCUGUUAGUGUUUCUCUGCACAUUUGUCCAAGUCAUGAUAUGUGUGGUCUGGCUUUACAAUGCCCCACCCUCUAGUUACAGGAAUUAUGACAUUGAUGAAAUCAUUUUUAUCACUUGCAACGAGGGCUCUGUAAUGGCUCUUGGGUUUCUUAUUGGUUACACAUGCAUCCUGGCAGCAAUAUGUUUUUUCUUUGCCUUUAAAUCACGGAAACUUCCAGAAAACUUCACAGAAGCUAAGUUCAUUACUUUUAGUAUGCUUAUAUUCUUUAUUGUUUGGAUCUCUUUUAUUCCGGCUUACUUUAGCACCUACGGCAAGUUUGUUUCAGCAGUGGAGGUCAUUGCUAUACUGGCAUCCAGUUUUGGGAUGCUGGCCUGUAUCUUCUUCAACAAGGUCUAUAUCAUCCUUUUCAAACCAUCCCGUAACACCACAGAGGAGGUGAGAUGCAGCACUGCAGCCCAUGCUUUCAAAGUGGCUGCAAAGGCUACACUAAAACAUAGCACAGCUUCAAGAAAAAAGUCCGGCAGCAUUGAUGGGUCUUCUGCCUCGACCCCAUCCUCAUCCAGCAGCCUGAAGACUAACGGCAAUGACUCCACUUCACGAAAACAUCAGCCAAGGGUGAGCUUUGGCAGUGGAACGGUUACUUUGUCUUUGAGUUUUGAAGAGUCAAGAAGGAGUUCUUUAAUGUAAUAGCAUACUAUAUGUCUGGAUGUGUCAUAUUUUAACAUCACCAGUCCAUUAAUAAUGUGUUUUGUGUGCAUGUGUUUUUCUUUUUUUUUUUUUACA